UUGUCAAACAAGUGAAUUCACAGAUGUGGUGAAAUGGAAACGACUGUCAACAUCUGUAUCCAAAUCUGCUCGAGCUGAAGGGUUUGCUGUCUUCUGCAACGCAACGAGGAGGAUGGUCUUUGCCCUACAUGUGAUUGUCAUGUCUUCAGCUUUUUUCAAUCCCAGCUUUGCCUUCAGCUCUCACUUUGAUACAGAUGGGGCUCCGCUGAGCGAGCUGUCUUGGCCUUCAUCUCUGGCAGUGGUAGCCGUCUCCUUCUCUGGCCUCUUCACCUUCGUCUUCCUCAUGCUGGCCUGCCUCUGCUGCAAGAAGGGAGACAUCGGCUUCAAGGAGUUUGAAAACACUGAGGGCGAGGAGUACCAGGCAGAUCUCUCCGCCCUGGCCUCGCCUUCCUCCCAGAAUGGCCCCGAGGUUUACAUCCUUCCCCUCACUGAGGUGUCCCUGCCUGUCUCCAAACAGCCCGGCAGAUCCAGUAAGAAACUACACGACACCAUCAGCACACUAAGUCAUCCAAAAGGGAGCGAGCUGCUGCUCCGCAUCCCAGGAUGUGAGCGCCAGUAA